CAUUUAAAGCUUUUUUUUUUAUGAGGGCGCACCAUUUGAAGCCGGGCUGUUGUUGUUUGGCGAAAAGUUGGCCUCAUCCUGCGCACCUUCAUCACAUAACAGCCCAUCCGGCCCAAUAAAGCCCAUCCCGGAGCCGCCUUCUGCCAGGUGGGACCCUUCUAUCAUCGGCCCGCCAAAUCUGGGGUCCACUCCGAGGAACCCGCGCCGCCGCUUGCCGGCAGCAACGGUCCGAACCGCCCCCGGGCGCGUCUCCUUACUAAGGCCGCCGCGCGGCGCGGCGCACGAGGCCAUCGCUUCCGAUCAUCCUACGCUCUGGCUCCCUGUCCCGCCUCCCGCUCCCGUGCUCGCUCACGGGCCUCCCCUUCGCGGGCCGCGAUGGGGUGCGGGGCGUCGACCGUCGACGGGGCCGAGCCGCGGCGGCGGGGAUGGGCGCGGGCAAGGGCGCUGGGGCACAGCGAGGUGUCCACCACGGGUCUGCCGGUGCAGGGGCAGCAAGGGCAGGAGUCCGCGGGGAGGAGGCGAGGCAGCAAGGUGGCGCCCGAGCCGACGCCGGGCUCGCCCAGCUUCAGGUACUACUGCCAGAAGACGGCGGCCGUGGACAAGAUCGUGGCCGAAGCCGACAACGGCGACUGCUCCGUCAGCAUCGUAAGAGCGACGACGCGUCAGGCGAGCAAUAGGGACGAGGUCGCCGUGACCAUUGCGCACGAGCCCAGUCAGGUGUCGGAGCAUAAAGAGGGAGCCAGGUGGCUUAGGUUCAGAGGCUUGUCGAUGGUCACCAGCGCUUGGGGCAACUUGUUCAGCCGCCACACCAGCAAACAUUCGCCGCCUACUGCUGCAGAAUCACAUGAUCCUCCCCCUGCUGCUGCUGCAGCUGUAUGAUCUCAUCUCUGAUCACGCAGCGCUGUAUGUGAUCUUCUUCAUUUUACUACGUCUCAGCUUGUAAAAAACAUGGCUGAUUCAGUCAUCUGUUCACGGUGCUAGCUUUGCAUCAUUUUCUGUUUUCUUCCUAAUCUUGGUUAGUGCUUGAAAGCUAACCCUGUAUUCGAGAAACAGAUUCCUUAAAUGAUGUAAGGAGCA